AAUAAUUUUUUUUCAUUGACUAAUAUAAAUGAUCAAAUAUUUGAUUCGACGUAUAUAUAUUUUAAUGAAAAAAAUAGCGGCAUUUUUAUAAGUUGUUUUUCACAUGCGCCAUCAGCAUGAAGCAAAUUUUUUAAAUCAAUCUCGUGUAACUGCGAAAUAUACGCUACAUCAUAAAAAGAUUAAAUCAAAUUUUUUCGAAUUGACUAGAAAACCUUAAAAGAUUGUUGAUACGAUCAGAAGAUAAUUACAAAAGUUAUUCGAGAUAAAUGACUUUCUCGAAAAUGAAAACAUUGGUAUUAGACACGUUUUUAUUGACUGUUCAAUUUUACGUAUAAUUUAGUAAAGAUUACUAAAUUCCACCACUAAUGUAUGAGGAUCUAUAUUAAGACUAGAUGGCAGAUGAUAACGAUGCAGAGCAGAGAAUACUUUGGAGGGUUGUUCUCUGCUUGCGUUCCGAAAAGGAGUUAGGCUCCAUGUGUUGGAUUCUCAUAAAUUUUGGUGGUAGUAACAGUUCGGUAACAGAACACAGUCACACCUAAUCGCGUCUUUCGUGGCGAUCGAAGUUCAGCCGGCCAGCUUCGUAUUCAGAUUCUCGAAGAAGGUGGUAAAGUAACCACCUUAUGGUAGAGCAUUUUCUGCUUUAGUGGUGGCAGCACGGAGGGCAGUUUCGUAGUGGGGGUACUUUGAAGGCUUAAAAGGUCUUCCAACGUCCUUGUAACACGCAGUCUUGGAAUCAAACAUACUUGUAUUUCGUGUAAGUGGAUCGAAAGUGCGAGAAGUAUUUUUACUUAAAAGUUAGCCGCCGUUGAUUCAGACUUCCAUUAAAGUGAUCCUGUUUAUGGUCGAGAUUAAUUUGUUAGAAAAUUAAGAAAUUAAAGAAAAAAGCCGAAUGGAAUAAAAGUUUAUGUAGAAAAGGAAGUGAUUUUUCUCUUCGUGAGUUAUCUUUUUUCUAGAGUCCGUAUUUGUGAUUUGUGACUAUAAGUGAUAAUAAUUCAAUUAUUUGUAUAACGAGUGACAGACCAUGAAAGACGAAAUGGUUGUCCGAAUAAUUAUAUCUGUUCUACUGGUCGUAUCAAUAUUUUCACCACUGUCCUGUGCUCUUACUACUUUUGGAAAGACCAAUCCACAGAAUCAAAAUCCAAAUCCACCACCGCCGCCAACACCAAUUGGCAAAGCACGCGAAUGCAAGAUAAAAAGUGAUUGUGAUGGAAUUCAAAAUACAACAUGUAUGGCAGAUCCCCGAGAUGGAAGAACCCGAUGUCUAUGCGGCGAUUAUUCAGCACCACUUAAUGGUGCCUGCACUAAUAAAUUCAAAGCGCUUCAUGCAUCCUGCAAUGAUGAUGGAGAAUGCAUAGAAGAUGCUCACUGCGUUAUCCAAAACAGUUCUUUAGGAAGACGAUGUUAUUGUCAAGAUGGAUUUGUUCAAGAAACACCAUUAUUUUGUAAUGGUUGCUCAUCGAUCUUUACGUUGCAUACGAUGAUUUUUCUGGCUACUUCGCUUAUACUUGGAAGACUUAACUAUAUCUAAAUCUUCAAGCUUUAAAAAAUUAUCUUGUCAAUUCCUGAACCUGUAUGAUAACCUACGGUAGAGAAAUAACAAUUCUUCGAAUUAAAUUAUGAAUCCGAUUUUACGCGAACAUAUGCUAGAUUAUACACUUAUUUAUAAGAAUAUCAUUAAUCUCAUUAAUUUAAUAAAGCAUUUAAGUAUAAUAUAUA